GUUUCAAUCAAUGGCUUUAAGGCUCUGGUGCAAUUUAUUGAGAGUCCACUGUUCCAGUCGAAGCAUCCUGGUAACCAUUACAUAAUUUCCAAGAGAAUUAGUCAGGAUGUGGUAGAAUCAUUUUUCUCUGUCCAACGUCAGUCUUGUGGGGGAACUAACAACAUGACAGCCUACACCUACGGAUAUAACAUUAGCAGCACCCUCAGAUCAUCGACAAAGCUUCUAUCCAAGAAGGAACCAAACGUGUACAACACUGAUGAUAUAGAGUUUGGUCACUCAGAACAAAAGGAUUCCGGUCUUGCUAAGAGAAAAAGUGUUCAAAACAUAAUAGAUCGAAAGCUGUGGCCCAUACAUCUUUAG